AUGGAAGUGUCGAAGUUUCCAAAGUACUUUGAGUCUCUCAGGAACGCGGCUUUCAAAUCCGUCGACGAGACAAUGUUGUUGAAAGUCCUGUCCAAUAGGAGGCCGUUGUCGAGUGCGACAGCUAUCCAGGUCGAAGAACCGGGACGUCAUGGUGUGUGGUGGGGCCUGGGCCAGAGGCUGAGGGAAAUCAAGUUUGUUAUGGGUUGUGUAGUAGAGUUCGGCCGUGUAACUUGGUCUUCUGGAGGAAAUGUUGGACACCCCUCCUUGAAGCUCUGA